ACUGGAUCCAGCAUAUAUAAAUAGGGGGACCUAUGAUCGGCGAACUUCAGUGAUACUUUAAGCCGCCGGAGGAUCAGACAUGUCACAGUAUAAGUACCUGUCGGGAUUCGGGUCCCACUUCUCCUCUGAGGACGAGCGAUAUCCCAACUCUUUGCCUGUUGGUCAGAACUCACCUCAAGUGUGCCCCUACAAACUCUACGCGGAGCAGCUCUCGGGAAGUGCCUUCACAGCACCAAGAAAUGAAAAUGUGCGCACCUGGCUCUAUAGAAAACUACCCUCAGCUGUGCACCUGCCAUUCCAGCCUUUUAAGGGUGCCCCGUAUUUAAAGCAGAACUGGGAUGAGCAGCCACCAAAUCCAAAUCAGCUUCGCUGGAAACCCUUUGAUCUGCCACCAAAAGAUGGAAAAACUGUAGACUUUGUGGAAGGUUUGCACACGGUUUGUGGUGCUGGCGAUCCCAGAUCUCGUCAUGGUCUUGCAGUGCAUAUAUACUCCUGCAAUAUAUCUAUGGAUAACUCGGCUUUCUACAACAGCGAUGGGGAUUUCUUGAUUGUUCCCCAGCAUGGAGCUUUAAAUAUUAAAACGGAGUUCGGGAGAAUGGCGGUGGCUCCCAAUGAGAUCUGCGUAAUACCGCAAGGUAUACGAUUUGCUGUUAAUGUGGAUUCUCCUUCGAGAGGUUAUAUCCUGGAAGUCUAUGAUGGUCAUUUUGUGUUACCAGAUUUGGGACCCAUCGGUGCCAAUGGUCUGGCAAAUCCUAGGGACUUUGAAACACCUGUCGCCUGGUUCGAUGAUCGAGAUGUAAAUGACUUUCAGGUGAUAUCGAAAUUCCAGGGAAGUCUUUUUGUGGCCAAGCAAAAUCAUAGCGUUUUCGAUGUGGUGGCCUGGCAUGGUAACUAUGUACCCUUUAAGUACGAUCUUUCCAAGUUUAUGGUGAUCAACUCGGUCAGUUUCGAUCACUGUGAUCCCAGCAUUUUUACUGUGCUUACUUGCCCGAGUUUAAGAGCUGGAACAGCUAUUGCCGACUUUGUGAUUUUCCCACCCCGCUGGUCAGUGCAGGAGCACACCUUCCGGCCACCCUAUUACCACAGAAACUGCAUGAGCGAGUUCAUGGGCCUUAUCUUAGGAAAGUACGAGGCCAAGGAGGACGGCUUUGCCGCUGGAGGGGCGACACUCCAUUCGAUUAUGACCCCACAUGGUCCUGAUGUCAAGUGCUUUGAUGGUGCCUCGAAUGCUAAGUUGGUGCCAGAACGAGUGGCUGAGGGAACUCAGGCCUUCAUGUUCGAAUCAUCCUUGAGCUUGGCUGUGACGAAAUGGGGCGAGGAAACCUGUCAAAAACUGGAUGCAGCGUACUAUGAAUGCUGGCAGGCUCUGAGAAACAAUUUCCAAAUUAAUAAGAAUUAAAAUCUUCAUAGGAAGUCACAAUAAUAAAUGCACAAUUCACUCAUUAA